AUGGAGGAACGCGGGUCCCCGGACGGGGACCCUGAGCGCAACCCGGAGCAGGGGCCAGAAGGAACAGAGACGCCCAUCCAGGUGGUGCUCAGGGUGCGGCCCAUGAACGCGGCCGAGCUCCGCCGAGGGGAACCGAGCGCGCUGCACUGCGCGGGGAGCCGCACUCUACAGGUGAGCCCCCCGGGAGGUGCCCCAGACUUGGCGUUCCGCUUUGGAGCGGUGCUGGACGGGGCGCGCACGCAGGAGGAGGUGUUCCGCGCGUGCGGGGUGCAGCGCCUGGGAGAGCUCGCCCUGCAAGGCUUCUCCUGCACCAUCUUCACUUUUGGCCAGACGGGCUCCGGGAAGACAUACACCCUGACAGGACCUCCUCCCCAGGUGGGCCGGGCUGGUCUGCGCCGUAGGCGGAGCUCCGCCCACACCCUGAACCAGGCGUCCAGCCGCAGCCAUGCCCUGCUCACCCUCUACAUCAGCCGCCAAGGCGUGAGUCAGAUGCCACCUGUGGACCCCGGGGGACCUCCCGCAGGGGGGAAGCUGUGCUUUGUGGACCUGGCGGGCAGCGAGAAGGUGGCGGCCACUGGGUCCCGCGGAGAGCUUAUGCUCGAGGCCAACAGCAUCAACCGCAGCCUGCUGGCCCUGGGCCACUGCAUCUCUCUGCUGCUGGACCCCCAGAAGAGGCAGAGCCACGUCCCCUUCCGGGACAGCAAGCUCACCAAGCUGCUGGCGGACUCCCUGGGCGGCCGAGGGGUCACGCUCAUGGUGGCCUGUGUGUCCCCCUCGGCCCACUGUCUCCCCGAGACACUCAGCACCCUGCGCUACGCCAGCCGAGCUCAGCGGGUCACCACCCGGCCGCAGGUGCCCAAGUCCCCCGUGGCCAAGCAGCCCCCGCGUUUGAGCCCCCCGCGUUGGGAGGCGGAGAUACUGCAGCUCCAGGAGGAGAACCGGAGCCUGCGGUCCCAGCUGGGCCAGAUGGAUGCCAAGGCCUCGGGGCUGGGCGGGGCCCGGGCCGCCUGGGCACAGCAGAACCUGUACGGGAUGCUGCAGGAGUUCAUGCUGGAGAACGAGUCGCUCAGGAAAGAACGGAACCAGCUGCGGAGCAGCCGGGACCUGGCCCGGAAGGAGCAGCGGGUCCUGGCCCAGCAGGUCCGAGAGCUGGAGCGGCGCCUCCUCAGCACCUGCCACCUCCCCCCGGCAGGCCCUGGCCCGGCGCCCCUGUGCCCCUGGGUGACGGGGCAGCUGCCCCACUGCCACGCCCUGCCCCCGCUCUGCUCCUGCUGCCACCUCUGCACCCUGUGCCGAGCCCCGAUGAACCCCUGGGCCUGCCCGCGGAGGGAGCCGCCCCCGAGCCAGGCCUCUGACCCCAAGACCCGGAGCUGCGAGUGUCUGUCCACUCGGCCGCCUCCCUGCGCGCCCCCGGGCAGCCCUGGCUCUGCCCCGUGCCUGCAAGGGAGGGCCCACAGCGACUGGACUCCGACCCGAGUCCUGGCAGAGAUGCUGAAUGAGGAGGAAGAGGAGGAGGAGGAGGUGGUUCCCUCCGCACCCCCACUGCCCUCGGGGGCCCCCAACCCACCGCCAGUGCCCCGAGGUGGGGCUGCGGUUCCAAACCUCGCCCGGAAGCUGGAGGCCCUCAGAGACCAGAUCGGCAGCUCCCUGCGACGGGGCCGGAGCCAGCCCCCCAGUAGCCAGGGCCCCCGGGGGCCCCGCUGA